AUGUCUGAACCGUCGGACGACUCUAUGCGACCCGCGAAACGCGCGCGACUUGACGAUAAUACCGCUUCAUCCCUCUCCGCAGCCUCUGCUGCACCAUCUCAGACAGCUCCAAUACCUUCAGCGCCAGCAUCGGUCGACGCGGACCUGGAGCGCGAAGUACGCGCUGGUAUAAUCGAGUAUGUCUGCCCGGACAACCUGGGCUUCACUGGUGUCCUGAAGCAGAGGUAUACAGAUUUCUUGGUUAAUGAGAUCGGACUCGAUGGGCAAGUGCUACAUUUGAAGAGCACGCAGGUGGAAGAGAAGAAGAAGGUCGUGAAAGAAAACGUGGAGGCGGCCAACGGUGCGAGUAAAGACAAGCUGGAGAGUACGGUAGCCACCGAAGACAAGGCCGAUGCUGUUAUGCAGGAUGCGGGCGUUGCUGGUGAGACUACACUUGCAGUACCGGAACCGGCAAAAGUUGAGAAUGCGCCGAAAGAGUCUGAGAACGAAGGAGAGCAGAUCAUUGACAAACCGCCGGCAGCCAAGGAAGAGCCAGAAGAAGAGUUGUCAGAAGAGGAUCGCAACACACUACAUUCGAUAUUCGGCGAGAAAACCACCGACGAGAUCGUCAAACUUGUCGGACAAGUACGGAAACGCGAAUCGAAGAAAGCGAAAGACUUCAAAGCCGUCAUAUCAUCGCCCAUAACCGACAAGGACAAGCGCACCCAAGCUCAUCAGAGUUUGCGUCGCAUUUUCCCCAACCUGCUCGAGAGUGCUAUGGAGGAGAACCAAUGUAUACGCAUCAAGGCAACUCCGCCAGCGGAGCGCAAGAAGAAGAAGAGCAAGGGUGGCGGAAGGGAGCAAAAUGACCAGGGACGGCGACGAGGAGGUCAGGAUUGGGAGGAGCUUGGUGGUGAAUACCUGCACUUCAACCUGUACAAGGAAAACAAAGACACAAUGGAGGUUAUCGGCUUCCUGGGAAGUAAGCUUAACUGUGGUGCCAAGGGGUUCGGCUUUGCAGGCACAAAAGAUAGACGAGCAUGCACUGUUCAAAGAGUCUGCGUCAGGCGCCAAACAGCGCAGCGCAUGCAGGCCUUCAACAAGACCCUGUUCAAUGCCGCGGUAGGAGACUUUGAGUACCGCCAUAAUGAUCUGAAGCUUGGAGACUUGAUGGGUAAUGAGUUUACCAUUACGCUCCGAGACUGUCACUUCCAGAGCGAAGAAGGACUAGACUUUGCUCAACGACGCAAGCUCGCCAACGACGUGGUCAGCAAGGCAAUCAGUGAUUUCAGUGAAAAGGGCUUCAUCAACUACUACGGUCUCCAACGCUUCGGUUCCUUUGCCGCAAGUACCGAUGCCAUCGGCCGUAAAAUGCUACAAGACGACCUCAAAGGCGCGGUCGAAGACCUUCUUGCAUACAGCGACACCGCUCUCGCUGCCGCGAACAACGAAUCCACCUCCGUCCAAGUCUCUCAGGACGACCGCAACCGCGCACACGCCCUCCAUAUCUGGAAAACAAAAGGCAGCGGCGCUGAAGCCCUCGAGUUCCUGCCCCGAAAAUUCACGGCAGAGCGAAAUAUCAUCCAACACCUCAGUUCCCGAAACAGCAAAUCAGGUCGUUACGACCGCAAAACAGAUUGGCAGGGCGCGCUCAUGACGAUCCCUCGUACACUGCGCCUCAUGUACGUCCAUGCCUACCAAUCCCUGGUCUGGAACACCGUUGCGGGAAAACGCUGGGCCGAACACGGAGACAAAGUGAUUGAGGGGGACCUCGUCCUCGUAAACGAACACCGGGAUAAAGAAGAAAAUGCCCCUGCUAAGACAACAACACCAACACACGACCAAGACGGCGAAGCCAUCAUAAACCCUUCAGGCGCCGACUCCUCCCUUGCACCCGAAGCAGAUUUUGAGCGCGCCCGCCCUCUUACCGCGUCAGAAGCAGCGUCCGGCAAAUACAGUAUCUGGGACGUUGUGCUCCCGCAACCAGGGUUUGAUGUCGAGUACCCCCGGAAUUCGAUUGGACAGUUUUACAAGGAGUUUAUGGGAAGUGAGAAGGGCGGAGGACUUGAUCCAAGCGAUAUGCGGAGGAGUUGGAGGGAGGUUAGUUUGAGUGGCGGGUACAGGAAGUUUUUGGCUAGGCCGUUGCAGCCACUCACUUUUGAGGUGCACGAGUACAAGAAGGUGGAUGAGCAGUUUGUCGAGACUGACAUGCAGAGGUUGGGGAGAGAGAGGGACGUUGGUCACAAAACCCAAGAGAAAGAGGAUGGGAAGAAGGAGGAGAGUGUGGAUGCACAGAUGGAAGACGGAGAGGAUAAGGAAGAGGUGAAGGAAGAGGAAGACAAGAUUGCAGUUGUGCUCAAGCUGCAGUUGGCGAGUAGUCAGUAUGCUACUAUGGCGCUGAGGGAGUUGAUGAAGGCUGGUGGUGUCAGGGCAUACCAGCCCGCGUUCAUGGGUGGCAGAUGA